CAAGGUGGAGGAUGGGAAAAGAAUGGAGCUGUCCCAGCUACUCAAUGAGAUCAGGGCAAACUAUGAAAAGCUCCUCACCAGAAAUCAGAUAGAGACCGUGCUCUCAACAAGGAUCCAGUUGGAAGAAGAUCUAAGCAAAAAAAUGGACAAAGAUGAAGAGGCUUUAAAGGCAGCUCAAGCAGAGCUCAAGGAAGCCCGACGCCAGUGGCAUCACCUGCAAGUGGAAAUUGAAUCUCUGCAUGCUGUGGAAAGGGGCCUUGAAAACUCCCUACAUGCCAGUGAGCAACAUUACCAGAUGCAGCUGCAAGACCUAGAGGCAGUGAUUGAAGGACUAGAAAAAGAGUUACAGGAAGUAAGGCGUGGCAUUGAAAGGCAGCUUCGAGAGCAUGAAAUGCUCCUCAACACCAAGAUGAGGCUGGAACAGGAAAUCGCAACAUAUCGCCGCCUCCUGGAAAAGGAAGAAAUCAGAUAUUAUGGUAGUAUCCAAGGUGGGAAAAAAGAACAAAAACCUACCACAAGUAGAGUCGGUUUUGUUUUACCUUCAGCCAUUAUAAAUGAAAUAUCUUUUUCAACAAAAGUCCCACAAAAGUGUGAGGAUGAAAAAGUGGAAACAGUGACCAAACAGGCAAUAUUAAAUGGAAAUAUUGUGAAAGAAAGCACUGAAGCUCAUGGCACUAUUCAGACAGAGAAAGUGGAUGAAGUUAUUAAAGAAUGGGAAGGCUCCUUCUUUAAAGAUAACCCUCGAUUAAGGAAAAAAUCAGUUUCUCUUCGAUUUGAUCUUCAUUUAGCAGCCACUGAUGAAGGGUGUUCACAGACUAAGCAGGAUAAUCUACCAGAUAUAGAAGUCAGGCUUAUCAUGAGAAGAUCAUGCAGUAUCCCCUCUAUCAAACGUCCAUCAACAACUAAUUAAUCCAAGGACAGUAUUUGAUUUGAUGUGAAAAUGACAUUAGGAUGGACCAGGGUAGGCCUGCUGGCCACCUUCUGUUCCAAAAUGUAAGUUAUUAAGUAUGUAUGUUAUGAUCAAUGUAUGACUCAUCAGAAAAAAAAGAGGGAGGGACAAAAUGUCUCUGGAUAUAAUUAUAGGUGUAUUUUUUUUUUUUUUUUGACAAAGGGAGCUUAAAAUCAGAAAUUUAGUACAGGUUCUAUUUUAUUUAUUAUCCAAAUAGUCUUCUUCUUCCCUUAAAUUUUUGUCAGAAACUGUAAGCAUUAAGAUGGUUUAGUUAAGUCUUUAAAAUUUCACUAAAUGGCUGAACAUUCUAAGGAAAAGGGAGGAGUCUGUUUAAAUAUGAUUGUAUUAUGUUAAGAAACACAUUGAGUCAUCAUUAUUCCAUGACUGGUUACAUCUAAAAGAAUUUUUCUACUUAAAAAAGAAAGCAAUUAAAACAAACCUUUAAAGAGGACUCACUACUCACUUAACUGAAUUCUUUCCUUUUGAGAUAAUAAUUUGUGCAGGUAGAAAAUAAGAGUUAUUUUCUACAAGAUGUUUUGAGCAAACUAUAGAAGACACCCCCAGGCUCAUCUGAUGAUUAAAUUAAUCUUCAUCUGAAGGUUCUCUGUCAUCAUUAUCUGAUUUCCUGAAGAGUAACUUUACUCGAAGAACUGUAAAGUUUGUAUCCUCCCACACAAAAAUCAGAGGGCCAGCUACAGAAGCAAAAGAGGAAAGCUAGUUACUACAAUUACUGGAACAGGAUCCAACCUCUUAUCAUUGCAGCUUUUCCAUCUGUAUAAAGUUAAAUGUGAUUUAAUUUGAGUCUCUGAUGUGAGCAUUAGAUAAAGAUACUAUAUAAAGUAUUAUAAAUAUGUCUUGCAAACAUUCAUGUGAAUUAAGAUAACAGUAUUGUUAUCUAAGCAAAGAGUAUUUGCAGGAUUUAUGUUUGUAAGUUGUUCAAACCCUAAUAAAUAUGGAAAGAAAAUAUAUUUGUGAAUAAGUCAAGUAUUGCUGCAAAGUUUUUUAAACAGCCUAAUUUGUUUAAUACAGGUAUAUUUAAAGACCUUAAAUAAUAAAUACUUGUUUUAAAAUAUUAGAAAUUUAUAGGCUAUCAAUUUUUUUCUAAGCAGAAAAAACAUUGAGUACAACUCUCCAUACUUUUUUUCCCAGCUAAAGUAUCAUCUAAAGGGCUAUAGCUGUUAGGAUAUUAAUACAGCCUUUGGAACUCUCUCUUCCUUCUUUCAACCAAAAAAAAAAAAGGUAAUUUUAACCAGAAAAAAAUUAUGUUAAAUAAUCUUUAACAUAAUGCAGGGAAUAACAUUUAAAUGUUUUUCAGUUAGUUCAGCUUUAUUUUAGCCUGGCUUAUUCUAUUUUGUGAAAGGGAUGAUUUUGUUUUGUCACGGACACAACAGCAUGUGAAGUACUUCUUUUUGCAUAAGCAUCUGACCUAAAAUACAUCCUGUACAUCAAAGUGUUUUCAUUCAAUAUUAGUUAAAUGCUACUAACUUUAUUAAAGCUUUGGAAAUGCAAUCAUAUAAGCUAUUGUACUAAAAGUUACUGUACUAAGCAACAGUAUCAUAAAUAAAGGAAUAUAUUUAGUGUCAUCUAUACACAGUGUUAAAAACAGUACCCGGCAUCAUGAAUGUAACUGCUCGUGAUAGUAAUUCCACUAUGCAGCUCUUGUAUGUAUAACAUGUACAUUUUAAAAUACAGUACCUGAAUUUAUAACAGCUUUAUUUGCUUCAAUAUU